AUGUCCAGCCGGAAGCGCCUGCCCGGCGCGGUCUAUGAAGGUGAUAUUGUCUUCAUCAAGAUUGACGAUCGUGGGCAUGUGCACUCAGACGGCUUUGUGGACGAGCGCCUUGGCUGCAUUAGCGACAUGGCGGGCGGCAAGCUCGACAGAUGCCUCUUCCGGAUCACCCCGUCGCUGCAGUACGAAGCCCAGAAACGGCUUGCAAAGGCACCGAGUAGUGCCACUGGCGAGGUGAGUGAAAUGCUCGAGCUUCUUCAGCAGCAAGCCGCCGUCGAAGCGAGUGGCAACGCCGCCAAGCUCCGAGAGGCCAUCGCCCGCGGCCAGCUCGUGCAUUUUGGUCAGCCGCUGCAAUUGCAACAUGUCCAGUCGGGCAAAUUCAUCUCGACACUGUCCAAGACGGUCGCAGAGAUGGACAAGGUGUGCAUGAAGCUCUCUCUCGUCGACCACGGCUCGUCCAAGUGCCAGUUUACCUUUUUGCCGAGUUUCAAGGCCAAGUCGAUUGGUCACAUUGUCGGCUACAACGACGCGGUGUGCGUUGCCCGCACCAAGUCGCUCUCGUCUUUUCUGCAUCUGAGUUUGCAUCAAAUCAACAUGGACCGCCACGCUCGGCACGAGAUCAACCUCCACACGCAAGAGACAAUGCUGCGCCUCACACUCUUCACCCCGCCUCGUCUCGAAUCCAAAGGGGCAUGGGAGGCUGGGAAGGUCUAUCGGCUCUACCAUAUUGAAGCCAACGCGUUUGUGACAGUGUCGGCUAAUCGGCACAUGGCUAAAGCACCGUAUUUGCGUCCGUUGGCGUCCGGCUCGUCGGUCCAUUCCCCGGAAAACGCGUCUUUGAAAGCCCUCUUUGUCCUCGAACGACACGACCGUCUGCGCGGUGGCGUGCUCAACGAUGUUACCGAGCCCGUUCAGUUUCGGCAUUUGCUCUCAGGGCGCUACGUUACAGUAAUGGACGACGGCGCGGUGACUGCGUCCGACGUGCCGUCGCAGACACCGUUUCAGAUUCUUCCGUGCGCGACCAACGACCAGUCGACGAGCGACGUCUGCUUUCUCCAGGUGCUGGGCCGCGGCUAUCGCUUGCACCACCCGAAUCUCGUCAAGCCCAAGCGAGACGGGCUUGCGUCGCAGCACUUGCAAGCCAGCGAGCAACUCCAUGCGACACGCCAGCACUCGGACGAAGACGGGUUUCGGCUGCUGCCAGCCGCUGCAAGUGAGCUUGCCGAAGCCCAGUUCUUGGUCAGCGCCGUGGCGUCCCUUCAGGCGUACCGGUGCCUUGUCGAACCUGCCAUCGAUCGCGGCGCCCCGAUGCCACGUGCACUGGUCGCAGACGCGGUGGCCGCCCUCCACGCGACGCUGCAUUUUCUCUCAUUCGGUGGCGACCGCCGCCAAAAGCAAGCUCGGGAGGCCAAGGUCUUGGACACUCUGUACGAGAUGCAGCGCUGCGUGCUCCGCAUCGAGCCCAUUGCGCGGGACAUGACGCUCUUCGCGCGGGACGCAUCGUAUCGGGCGGCGCACCGCGUCCACCGGCUCGUCAAUCGGGUUCUCGUACGUCUCUUGGAGGAGAAUGCACGGAAUAAGAAUUAUGUGGCCACGCGCACAGCCGUCCUCUACUACAACGACGCGACGGCGUCGAGCACCGUGUACGCCCGCGAGACGCUGGCCUACAUUGGGUCCGAGACCGGGUCCAAAACCGUCUACGGCACUCUCUUUCUCAACAACCCUGGGCUGCUGGCGACGGUCGACGCCAACGUCGUAGCGGCCUGUUGCAAGCGCAUUGAGGCCCAAGGUGUCAAGGCCGCGGGCAUUCUUCGUUUCUUGGGGAUCCUGUGCGCCUGCGACGGUACAAGCGUUCCGGCCAAUCAAGAGCUGGUCGUCGACGCACUGUUUGCAGCAUCGAGCUCAGUGCGCGAUCGGCUUUUGAUCGAAACGUGCGAGUGCAACACGAGUCGCCGACCGGUGCCUCAAGCCAUCAAGAGCAUGACAGACGUCUUGCCACCGGCGCUAGCGUCCUUGACGCCGCGCCCACGACCGUUGGGCGCCGACGUCCUCAGCGACGGAUUUUCCAGCAUUGCUAUUAGCUGGAAGGCGCACACCGAGUGGCGCGCUGGCGACGACAGCCUCUUUGUCACGUCGAGAGAGCUCGGUCUCGUCCCGAUGGCGGGGGUGGAGAAGCCUUUGGACUUGGCUGCGUACCAAGCACAACUCGCAGGUGUUCCACUGGAGCCGCGGGACGCACCUGUGAGCGAGACGCCGCCCCCGACAGCGACGCCGGUGCGAAAAGGGCUGUCGCUGGGACGGCUUCUUCUCGCAUCAUUGAGUCACCGUUCGUCCGUCAACUCGGACGCCAGCGGCGACUCGUUCGCUUCGAAUGCACCGAUUGGUCCAAUUCGAGAAGAGUCGUUCUCAACCGAGUCGGCGACAUCUCGGACCAUCCGUGAGGACCCUGUGACGUCCAACCAAAGGCAGCGCACGAGCGUUCAGCAAAGCGAUGUUAGCAACGCUGAGGAAGGAGAUCCCGCCUCCACAACCAUGACUAUCAACGUCGAUGACGAGCCACCGCCACCUCCGCGGCACUUGUCCUCCGGCGAUGAAUGGGUCGAGCUCGAGGCGGUCGUGUGGACGCUCGAUCCGGAGAGUGUCUACCACCUCGUGUUUCCAGGGGAAUCGUGGACGACGACGCAAGCGACGUAUCGCAAGGACAAGAUGGCACAAGCGCAGUUCGACUUGCUCCACGAUUUGGCGCAGUACUAUCACCUGCAGCUGCUUCUCUUUGUCGAGCUUCUGCGCGGCAGCAACCUCCAUGCGGUCAAGGUGCUCAAGCCGCAGCUGAGCUACACGAUGCUGGUCGCCGCGAUUGCCAACGAGAAGCUCCCAAAUACGGUGCGGAUGGCAUUCACAGUCAUUUUGCACCACUGCUACGUCAUGUGCUUCCCGCAUGAUCACCUGAUCUUUGCGACAAAAGUGCACACUAUCGAGUCGAUUCCCGCCUACUCGUCUCGCGCCGUCGGACCCGUGCCGUUGCCCCACUUUGCGCUCCCGGCGACGCACCCCGCAAACGUCUUGUACCCGGAAGAUGCCGUGCGCACGUACCCGCAUGCCAUCAAAUUUCAGCUCCUCCAAGCCGUGCUCCACGCCGCGCUGAGCUCUGUGGCCACCGUGCGCGUCGUCGACGCGUCGCUGGAUCAAAACGCAUUUGCGUCGGCCAUGCUGUCAAUUGCGCACGACCUUCUUUUGUGCGGCUUUUACGUCGAUUAUACGUCGCAAAAGAACCUGGCGCACGUGCUAUUGUGUCUCCUCGACGGACGCAAUACGCUCGACGGGACGUCGCGCUACACGAGAAGCGCGCUCCACGAUGCGAUGACCCGCGUCAAGACGCAGAUCUGCGACCUCCUCGUGACCAUGACGCGGCUUUGGCGCCACGUCGAGUGCCUCCAUGUCCUCUCAUUUUUCAAAGCCAAGUAUGCACAACCAAAGUCACGCAGGCUCGGGCAGUCGCAUGCUGCGUGGCGUCACCGCUUGCGGAAGCAAUUGGCCGCCGUCCUCGACCAGACACCACAUUUAGAUCUGAUACUGGUCUCGCAACUCUCGCUCGACUACAUCUGCAUGGACUUGCUCAUGUACGACGAUGCGCACCUCGUCCAGGCCGCGCUGAGUCUGCACAUUGAAGCAAACUCGAGAAAAGCGCGCGUGUUUGACGCAGUGCUGCAGUGUCUGGUCCUCGAGUCGAACGAGUCAACGACCAAGAGCCUGGCGCUCCCGCCGACGCAAGUCCUUCACGACGUUCGCGAGCUCCUUCCGACCUUCCGGCAUCUCGCCCACAUCUUUCCUAACGCGCGUCUCUGCGCCGACGUGCGCACGACGUAUGGCAACGGCGUCCUCGGUGUCACCCACUUGCUCUUGGAGCAGUUGCAGCAGCUGCAGACGUAUGCCUGUGACAAGCACCGACUGCUCAUGGAGCGCUCAAGCAAACGCGCGUCGUCGUUCUGGGGUCUCCUCUCGGACGGUCCUGUCGCCGUGCGGUACACGCCGAGCGCGAACGGCCAAGCCAUCAUGCUGCUUUUGGACGUCCAUAAGGUGGCGUUGACACUUGUCGAAAACCCAGUGAUUGCCGACCCGUCGGUACACGAUCUCCAGCGCCAGGUGCAAACCGAGGCGUGCAAGCUCCUCGUGCUCUUGUCGACCAAGAACCCGCUGGGGCAGCGCCUACUGUUUGAAAACAUAAAGACCUUCUGGCGCUCCCUCGACACGGUGGACGGUGUCGGCAACGUAGUCCUCGCCGUCUUCUUCGAAAAUGCGCAUCUCUCGCACCGCCUGCCCGCCGAGGCGCUCUGGACCAUGGGCCGACUCGUCGAGACGCAUGCCACGAAUUUGGCCGACGCUACGAGCGGGUCCAAGGCGUUUGCGACCAUUAGCACCAUUUUUGAAUUCUUCCUCACUUUCAUGGCCCCCCACGACGUGCCUCUCAAGAAGCACCAGACCGCCGUCCACGAAGUCCUCCACCAUGGCCAGUUCCAGCACAUUUUACCCGAUGCCGCCGCCCAUGUCGCCCCCGACGACGACGUCGGCGCGGACGCGAUCGUGCAGGCGCCCCAUUACGUCGAGUGGCGCUCGCGACUGCAAUCACCUACCGACCUGCGCGGCGCCUAUCUGCAAAAGGUGUUGAUUGUGCUCUCGGCGCUGGCCGCAGGCAAGAACCGAGGCGUCGCGCUGCACUACCAGCAACGGUACCCGCUCAACUGGUGUCUCAGCGUGCUUCUCGAUGCCAAAAUGCCGCUUGGUUUUAAGCUCGUCAUGGUGCGUUUCUUCACCAACGUCUACCUCUACGGCGACGUCGACUUGCACCUGGGCGCGACCGCGACCGCGGUGCGCAACGUGCUCCUCCAGAGCGCGUCAUUGCUCGUCGACUAUGGCUCGAGCGCCGGCCGCCGGUUCCUCUCGACGCCCCGUGAGACCCAAUUUGCCAAGCUCCUCGAGACUUAUGUGUUUGAUGGACUCCUCAAUUUUAUCACGGUCUAUUGCACGCAGCACAUGACGGUCCGCCAACACGACGACUCGGACACGGAAGGUGCGCACGUCACCGAGACGCUCACCCACGCGCUCGACCAUAUUCGCACCAAUGUCACCAUGACACCGCAGCAGUCACUGGCGCUGGAAGCCUGCGACCGCGCACUGCACACGGGCGUCUGUAGCCACCAAACACAGUGUCGAUCGCCUCACCUGGCCGUGACGAGCGAGCAUCAUCGUGAUGAUGAAAACGCGGCUGCCCAACUGAGCUUUCACGCGUUCCAGGCGGAUGUUUUCGAGUCGGACGAAGUGGCCGCGGUUACGGCGGCUGAAGCCAACCGCUUUGUCGUGCUCUGGGCCGAGAUCGAGCGCAAGGUCGGAAGCAACCAACACAGCGCCAACAUGACCAUGCGUCUCUUCUACGCGCGCGUGAUGGCCUUUCUGCAAGCGCGGCCCGCUUCGCCGUCGGCCGAGCUGGUAUUGCACGUGCUGCACCGCCUGGUGGCGCGCUGUCGCCUCGACGAGUCGACCAGAAAGCGCAUGCUGCUCUCGGAAAUCGAAGAGGCCAACGACCGGUACAGCCACACACAGAGCUUUCUGGCCGCAUGUGGCGCGCCGCAGCUUGUGCUGGCGCUGCUCUCGGGCACCCAGUCGCCAGCGACGAUGAAUCAAGCGCUCCAUUUGGGCUUGGAGCUUGUUCAUGGCGGGAAUCUCGCUGUGCAGCGCGCGUUUUACGAAAGCUUCAAGGCGGGUGACGAGCGGGUCUUUGUGACCAUCGAGUCGGUGUUGCGCGCCAAUAUCGACGCACUCAAGGAGCGUCGCCGCACGUCCACGUUUCUCGUCGAAGGUCUUGCGCCCAUGAAAACCAAGCAGCGUCGCUCCAGUGUCCAAGCCGCUUCGAUUUUCUUGCUCCCCGAGGCGUACACGACGUCGCAUGACACCGAUCUCGUCGAUGCCGACUUGCUCUUGCAGUUUUUGACGGCGUUGGUCGCGGGGCAUUUUCUACCCACGCAGCUGCUCCUCCUUGACCAGCGCGUCGCUUUGGGCCAUGCCACCAGUGUCAACAUCCUCCAUGUGGUCACGACGUAUCUGCGGUUGCUCGUCAAGGACGAUGCCCAAGUGCACGAGAUGACCGCGGCCGACUGCUUGUCGCUCACGCACUGCUGGCAUUUUCUGAUCGAGUGCAUGCAAGGCCCCUGCAGCGCCAACCAAGAGUUCCUUACGUCGUCGUCCAUGGUCGAUGUCUUUGGCAAGCUACUCCGCGCCGAGAUAUUGCUGUCGACGGACCGCGUCGACGCACCGCGGCCCGACGACAUUAAGAAACUCAAGGAGCUUGCAGUCAAGGCCAUGGUGAGUCUCCUGGAGGGCCGGUCCAAUGACGACGUGCAAGCCCGGCUUCGCAACAUUCUCGCGCUACCGCCGCUGAAAGCGCGUCUCAUCGCUCUCUACACCCAAUUUCACGCCGAGAAGGACGUGCACGUCGACGACACUACGUGGGACGAGCGGUUUCUAGAAGAAGGUGUCAACCUCCUCACGCUCGCCAAGUGCGUCUUUGAUGCCGAUCUCCUCGUGCCGCCGACCGACCGCGGCAGCGCCCCGAAGCGCGCUAAUUUCACGAGCCCGAGCGAGUUUCAAGCCGCGGCAACGGCGUACCAGCACGCUAGUCUGUACCGCAAGACGUACACGUUCUUUACGGACAUGCACUGCGCGGUUGAAAUCUACUGGCGCGGACGCAUCGAGCUCGUGUUCUUCCCGUUGCCGUCGCACUGCCGCAUGCUGCGGUUUCUAAGUGCCAAGAAGAACGCGCUGCUCCACUCGCUCCGGUACGACUCGAACGACCGCCUCAAGCAGUUCAUGCGGGCGCUGCCGAGUAUGAACGAGGAAAUGGCGCACGUCGAAGCGCUCAGUCAGUUCUGCGUCUACAACGCACUGCGCCCGUACAUCCCGCUCUUCAAGACACUGAGCUUUCUCCUUGCCAUUUUCAUGAACCUCAUCAUCCUUGUCUCGAUCGAGCACUACGACCAAGAGCCAAGCGACUACAUCUACAUCCCGAGCAAGCUCAAGACGCCCAUGUUCCUCUGCGGCUUGCUGCAAAUCUUCCUCUCGACCGCCGUCGUCAUCUUCAUGCUCGUCAUCAGCAUCCCUCUCAUCUUCCGGCGCCGGCGCAAUGCAAUGCGCAAGCGUUCGCUCGAAGCGUACAAGCAGCGGAAAGCGUUCUCGGAUAGCAUUGCUGACAGCUCAGAGCUCGACGUUCUCAAAGCCCUUGCCGAGCAGCGCGUCCAGCGUUGGACCGAGACGCUCGGUGCGAUCUACAGUGCGUACCUUCCGUUUGCCAAGUUUAUAUUGCUCUUGUACGUGGGCCAAUUUGCGAUCGAACAAACGUUCCCGACGUUUCCAGCCUGGACGCUCUAUACGGUGCUCUUUUUCCCCGUCGUCUCGAGUACGCGGACGUACCUCGAAACGAGCGGGUCGGUCCUCGGCCUGCUCUUUACCUUUGCGUACGACGUGCUCUUUGAAAAACUCACGGCGUUCUACCUCGUGUACCUCUGCACGGCGGUGCUGGCGACGUUGUACCACCCCGUGUUUUACUUCUACCAUUUACUCGAUUUGGUCAUCAUGAAUCCGUCGCUGCAAAACGUCGUCUUGGCCGUGACGACGCCCGCCCGGCUCCUCGGGCUCACGGCGCUUCUCUGCGCGUGCAUUUGCUACUUUUACGCGAUGGGGCUCUUCUUCUACGGGCCGGGCAACCUCACGGACGACGCCCGCGCGAUUCCGUACUGCUCGACGCUGCUCGACUGCUUGGUGACGGUCCUCCACCGCGGGCUUGCGGGUGACGGCGGCCUCGGCGGCUACAUGUCGAACGCACUGAGUCACCCGCCCAACUUUUUUCACCGGGACCAAUACUGGUGGCGGUUUGUGUUGGACGUGACAUUUUUCGCCGUCAAAGUCGUUUUGCUCAACAUGGUGUUUGGGAUUACGAUCGAUACGUUUGGCGAUCUCCGUACGCAGGCCGCGCGCAAGGACGACUUGAGACGCAAUGUCUGCUUCAUCUGCGGCCACGGCCGCGACGUCUUUGACGCGCACUACCUCGCGUCCAGCGGACUCAACAACGGCUUUGAAAAACACAUUGCCGACGACCACAACAUGUGGUCGUACCUCUACUUCAUGGUCCACGUCGAGUCACUGGACGCGACCGAGUGCAAUGGCCCGGAAGCGUACGUCAAGGGUCUGCUUCUCAAGACCGACGUGUCGUGGUUUCCGCAAGGCAUGGCCAAGUGCCUGUCGACGACGACCACGACUUCGGUCGCGCACAACAUGGACGACGUCAAGCGCGCGGUCAAAACCCUGUGUGCGCAGGCCGACGUCGCUCUGCAAAAAUUCCAUGCGCGCCGCGACCGCCGCAACUCGAUGCGCGCCGUGUAAAAACCGGUUAUAGAGAAAAGACUAUCCAAGAAUGCAUGUAUUCCAAGUG